CUUCCUGUUACUUACAGUUAUAAAACUGCAUUGGCUGUAUUGUAUGUUGACGAGAGAAACAUUUAAAAAGGAUUAUCGUACAUAAAAUCAACAUUUAAAAUGACUGAUGUUGAUCUUAGUGAAGCAGAAAAAACAUUUAUAUUACACAGCAUGCAAGUAAGCCGAGUUUCAAUUUUUGCUUUCUAAAUAAUUGUAUAAUUAUUAUGUUAAACCAAAAAUUACUAAGCCUAGGCCUAGACUAGUGAUUAGUAAAAAGUUUAAGUAGGUUUUAGACUAAAUUUUUUAAUUUUUUAACUUAAACUUUAACUCUUUUCGUUCCUCUUCUGUAGAGAGCGCAUACCUCAUUUUCUGUCUCGGGUUAAUCCUGAAGUAUAGGCCAAAAUGUGCCAAAGUGACCUCGUUUUAUAGCCAUUUUAAUUGUUUCUAUAGUAUAGUAGUUACUAUCCUAAUGUCUCAUUUUUAUUUUAGUUAGUUUACAUGUUUUUAAUAAUUGUAAAGCGCUUAGAGCUUUAAGGUAAGCGCUAUAUAAAAAUGCCUAAAUAAAUAACGAAGUGUCUCCACGUCCGGCGCGCCUGACAAAUAGUGCGCAAGAUAUACGUCCGGCGGUAUGUCACGUGACAUACCGCCAGACGGCUAGUAGUUUUUAUAAUUCCGAACGAAGUACAGUUUGGCAGAUCUUGUGUGGUGUAGUGGUAGAGUGGUCGCUUGACGAUAUUAUGAUUUGAGGAUCAAUAUCAGGGAUAGGAUCGUUUUUCUUUUUUCUCCAAUUUUAAUGUAAAAUAUUUUAUACUAUAUUUAUAUUAUCAUGUUCAUCAGCAACAGUAGUUUCAUGAGAAGUUUUUAAAUAUUUUGUAACAAUUUAAAAUGAAAUCUUUUACUUUUAUUGGUUGCCUACUCCACACUGGCCCCUAAUUUAUUUUAUGGAUUACUGGUGCACAAACUCAAAUAACAAACUAAACAAAAAUGUUUACAAGCCACUUUCACUUAAGUUUUUUUCUAUUAUUUGCAUUCAAGAUACUCAGUACAUUACUUGGUAGAGAAAUAGUUUUUAAAAUUAACAAUAGUUUUGAAUUAUUCGCAGUCACGUGACAAGGCUGACCGACAAGAUAUCUCUCGCCACUUUGUUACGGCGGUCAUGUGACUUGGUCGCCGGACAAAUAGUGCGGGAGAUAGACGUCUGGCGCGCCGGACGUGUAGACACUGCCAAUAAAUAAAUACCAUUACGUAGGUUAUUUUUGCUUAUACUCAUGCAUUUGCUUUUUUAUUUUUUUUUUAAGUAUUCAAUAUUUAUUUCAUUGCACCAUUGGAAGAAAAAUAUACUAUAUACAUAUACAUUGAUUAUACAAAAAGUAAAAAUUAUGUCCAAUAAAGAAAUUAGAGUGGUAGUUAAAUGCUAGUCACUAGUAUUCAGCCAGAGAUUAAAUGUAAGAGAGAAUAUUGGUUAUUCAAGACUUUUCAGUGAACCAGCCCUAUUUUACCCAAAUUCUUGUUGACCCACCACUUUGUUUAUCACAUUUUUUUUUUUAUGUCAAAUUUUGUAAUAAUUUAGAUCUUUUGACUAUAGGCAUAGGAUACCAGGUAAAUGUAGGUCAGUAUAAGUUUAGUUGUAUUAGCUGUUUAGGCCAGGUGGAUUUCUUUUUUUUCUCAUUUUGUAUCACUUAUAACAUAUUAUAGUCUGUACUUUACACCACUAUCAUAAGACCAGUAGUAACUUACGCUAGUGAGACUUAGACCCUUACUAACUUUCUCAAUACAUGGGAGAGGAAAAUCCUCAGAAAAAUAUACGGCUUAGGGAUAGAAAAUGCUGUCUGGAGCGUCCGCACAAACCAAGAGCUAUACCAUUUGUACAAAGAUCCACCCACAGUUGCAACAAUAAAAAAAGGCAGACUGCCCUGGGCAGGACAUAUUGAAAAUAUGCUGGAACAUAGAGCAGCAAAAGUGAUUUACAACAGAAACCUAGGGGCAGACGACUCACCAGUCGCCCAAGGCUGAGAUAAAUCAAAUUUUUCUAGCCACCCUUCUUGUUUCAUUAAAUAAUUGCCGUGUUCUUCUCGUCUCCCUUUGCUGCAUUAUUAGCCGAGCCUUUUUUCUUUGUUCUAUAAGUUCUUUGCAUUCUGCGUCAUACCAUCCUGCUCUUUUCCAAUCGCUUAAAUCCAAUCGUUUCCUCUGUUUCACUUUUUACUAUUUACUUCAUCUUUUCCCAUUGCUGGUUUAAAUCAACGUUGCAAGCUGAUUCCCUUUUGGAUAAUUCUAGUUGAGUUUCAAUCUUCUAUUGACAUUCCUCAGUAAUUUUUGGGUCUCUGCUUAAUUUCUGGCUGUUGUACUGUAUUUCUUUUUUGUUUUGUUUAGUUAAUUGUGGAUGUUAGAAUUUCUUUGAUUAUAUUUGAUUCUUAAAAGUAUGUGGUCUGAGUCUAUGUCUGCCCAUCUACAGCUUUGUACAUCUAAUAUGUCCAAGCUAUGCCUCCGCUAUGCCUCCGAUCAAUGAGUACGUAGUCAAUUUGAUUACGGGUCAAUCCAUCGGGAGAUAUCCAUGUCGCUUUAUGUAUUUGUUUGUGUUGGGAUAUUGUGCUACUGGUUGUCAUUCCUUUAGCGAAGUCUAUAAGACAUGUUCCAUUAUCAGUCCGUUUUUUUGUAUAUGAUUCAGCUUUCGUAACAUUUGCUGGUUUAUGUGACAGGGUCGUCAACCCUGCACACAAUCCUCUGGGGGGAUGCCCCUUGCAGCUAUCAGGGUAGCUGCCUUUGCAUUGGGUCAAGUCCCUAGCCUGUGUGGAUCCUUCCACUUCCUACAAGGCAGUAGGUACUGAUUUUGAUCCAUCUGGGUAUUUUAUUUCCCCGGUACUCGCCAUAUCUGGUGGGCUUUCCCCUAUCUGCCACCUGCUGAGGUGCUUGAUAGAAGAUCAUUAGCUCCUCAUGAGAGGAUCGACGAUGUAGAGAAGGAUUUACACCAGAUGGGGGUUAGCACAUGGAGGUGGAAAGCCAUGGAUCAUUCCGAAUAGAAGGAUGUGGUGGAGCAGGCCAGGGCCCUACAUGGGCUGUAGCGCCACUGAUGAUGAUGAUGAUCGUCUGUACUUAAAUUGUAUAUUAAAUAUUGGUAUUAUCAGUGCUCUGAGUAUGGUGACCAUUUUCGUCUUAAGGUACUUUACUUUUAGUUUGAAGGUAUUUAAAUUAAGACAAAAACUGAUGAAGCUGGCACUCAAAGUUAGUCUUUAUUUUGCAAUUAGUUUUAGUAAUGUUUUUUUCAUUUCAUUUACAAGUGUUUUCAGCUUUGUGCGCAUUACUUUUCAAAAUUUUUCAGAUGCAAAUUUAGUAAAUAACUUCUUAUCUAACAUUUACAACACUUCAAAUAUAAGUUAGACUUUGGUUUUGUUUUUUUUCCCUUCUGAUGAUUAAUUUUGAUUAAAGUUGAUAUAAAUUAAAUUCCUCAGGAUAAUUUCAGGGAAGAUGGUAGAGGAUGUGAAGAUUUUCGUCACAUGGAGGUGGAAACAGGACUUAUAUCCAACACAAAUGGAUCAGCUAGAGUUCGUUUGGUCAGUGUUUUAAAACUUAUAAUGUAUUUAAUAGUUGUAUACAUAUAUCAUAAUAGAUUUACCAAAUUCCUCCGAAUAGAACUGGAAUUUAAUUAUUUAUUUUGUAAUUAUUAUACUUUCUUUGACAGGCAAGUACAGACAUUUUAGUGGGUGUUAAAGUACAGCUAGUUCCUGUUGAUCCUAACAAACCAAAUGUUGGACGCAUUGAAUUUUUUUUAGACUGGUUAGUACAAUUAUAAUAAUCUUUAAAUAAACUAAGUCUACUAAACAUACAAGAUAUCCUACAUGAAAGAAAAGGACAAAACUAUUUGAGCCAUAAUGUAUAAUACAUCACCAAAUUUCAUGUAUUUGGAAUUUUGAAUGAAAUUACUUGAAGGAAAUCUGAUAUUUUGAAAAGAUUUUCUGAAUUUAUCAAGAAAAGUAGUUAUUUUAAAAAAGCUGAUAUUUGGCACAUAUUUUCUGAGUUUAUCUAUAAAAUUUGUUAACUUAAAAUUUGGAGAAAAAAAAUAUGACUUACUGGUACUUAGACUUUGAUCCUAAACAAAAAUGUGGUCUUAAAAUAUACAAACUUUUUUCAUUUCUGUUAUAUGUGACCCAAUGGUGGUGGCUGACAGUUUUAAAAUAGUUUACAAAACCAAGGAAAUCAGGUCUUGAGAACUGUAGCUUUUAAUUUGCUCUAAGAGUAUGGUAAAAGCUGAAAAAGUGAAUGAAAAAAGACCAUAUCCAAAAAUAUACAUGUAUAGUAAAUGUUAUUAAAGAGACAGACAUUUAACUGUAUAUAACUAGCCAGUGACGUAGCUAGGGGGGUGCGGGUGUGUGGACCGCACUGGGUGACAUCAAAUUGAAAAAUUGCAUAUUUACAGAGCACACACUGCUUGGUCUAACCAAAUUUCAUAAAAUGAUAACGAAUAACAUGUAAAUUUUCCACACACGUAACCAAUCCACCUGCGUGCUUUAUUAAAAGUUCGAGGUUGAUGCCUCGAAAAUAAGAUGACCCUGUAAUUAGGUCAGAUAAACACUGUUUUGACCAUGAUUCAACGCUGAUUGAAGUUUUCUGUAACUUUUGUGACAGGAAGCUAUUUUUAUCUAAAUUCUGAGAAAUAAAGCUUUCUAUUAAUACCAAAUACCUGUGGUCAGGCAAUUAUUAGUACAGGAAUCGAAUCAGUAAAAAUUAAAAACAUUAAAAUAUGACUUUUUACCCAUUUAUAGAGUUAACUAAAUAAUAUUUUACAAAAUUUUCUAUCUUUUAAUAAUUAAUUUUAAAGUAAAAGAAAAAAAUUGUGGUUUUUGAAACCCAGAAAUACUCAAAAAUAAAUAUCACCGAUUGGCCACUAGCACUGGCCCUUAACAUUUGAGUGUGAUUGUAAUACAGCACAAGGUCCUUUACAUGCUGUCUGUGAUUUAACGUUUUCUGCUACCUUUACCUUUGAGAUGAUUUACUUGAGGAAGUUAAUCUUACACAGCAGUAUCUGCAGACUAAAGGCUUUACUCUUGACGAAGUGGUGACCAACCUAGUGGUCUUAAGAUUGUUUCUGCACGAGAAGCAUCGGACAUGCUAUUGAAAAGACACUUUUCAAAUCAGAGCAAUUUGGCAUCUCGGUAGAGAGAAGAUUAAGGUUUUAGAAGAGAAUGGCAGGAGAACAGAUAAUAGCUACAGUAGAGAGAUGCUGGAGUGUAAUGAUCACUUUCAUUAUGAACUCCAGAUCAGAUCAUCAGCAAUCAAGGAAGUAGCAGAUAUGUUUUGAUCUGGCUCUAACAAUAAAUAAAAAAUGAUACGAUGAAGGAUAUUGAUUUUGAUCUAGUGAUUGACUGGUGUGCAGUUUUGAAGACCAUGAAAGGAAAAUUUUACAUAAAUUAAAUUUAAUGUAAAAAUAACUACAACAUAACCCUGUUAUGGUUCUUAAAUACAUUUACCUCCUUACCUUCAAUUGAUUUGUUUUUGUGCUUGCCAUUUUAUACUGUCGAUUUAUUUUGACAAGCCGAAAUCAAUCGGGGGGAUUGGGGUGACACCUUGAGUUUACCGCACUGGGUGACACUAACACUAGCUACGCCACUGUAACUAGCUAUAAAACAACUUGUGGGAUAACUUUGGAUUAAACAGCUUACCGGUAUUCAAACGAUGACAAACAAACAUAACUUACAUUAAAUCCUCCUCAUCCUCAUGUCCCUCAGUCCUUGGACCGUUGGGCGCCAUAGAUUACAUGUGAACCAUCCUCCUUCAUUCCUCUCUGUCUUCAGCACUGCGCACUGCAUCGCCCAGUGUUAGUCCUGUCCACUCUUUGAUGUUAUUCUCCCAUCUUUUUCUUUGUAUUCCUCUUCUUAUCCCUUCUCUUGUGGUGCCCUGCAAUAUUUCUUUGGCAAGUCCUUGUUUCCUUGUUACGUGGCCGUACCAUUGUAGUUUGUGUUUUUUCACAGUAACUAGUAGGUCAUCGUACUCCCCAAUUGCCUGGCGAACCCUUUCUUUCACUGUAUCAUUGGAGAUAUGGUCCUUAUAGAAGGUGCCAAAAAUGCUUCUGAAGCAUCUCAUCUCCAUUGCCUUUAUUUUCCUUUCAAGAUUGGCUGUUAAUGUCCAGGAUUCGCAGGCAUACAGGAAAAUGGAGAGGACUAAUGAGCGCAUCAGCCUGAUUUUGGUGCUGGGGGCUAUAUUUUUGUCAUUCCAUAUUUUCUUGAGCUUCUUUAGUGCUGUUGUAGUCUGCGCAAUCCUGGACAUCAGUUCGGGCUUGAAGCCUUCUUCUGAGACUAGGUAUUUGAAGCAGCCGACAAUCUCUAAUCUUUCCUCCCCGACCUUAAUUUCAGUGGUGAUGCCUGUGGUAUUAUUUGGCAUCAGUUUUGUCUUUUCGGCACUGAUUAGCAUGUCGUAGGAUGACGAGGUCUUAAAUAUAUUUUUUAUAACAAGCCAUAAUCAUGUUGAAUAAUGAAAUUAAAGAGCAACAAUGCUUUAUUAUAAUAGUAGUUCCAACACGAGUAUCCAAAGGCCAAAUAAAAUAAUCCAACAGUAUUAUUUAAUUAUUGCAGACUUGAUGCUGUGGAGUUUAAAUUAUAUGAGAAAUACAGAGUUUGGUGCUACCAAUCUAUGUCAGAUGCAAGGGGGUUUCGCUUAAGAAGUGUCAGACCAGUGUAAUAACUAAGAACUUAUGUUUUUUGCUACAAGGCGUCUUUAUAAAUUCAGAAUUAGUGGCUCACAUCAGGCCUACCUGAUAAAGGGCACAGGGGAACAAUGAUGUCAGCUUCACUCGAUGGUCACUCACCGUUCAUUAGUGACCAAACAAGAGGCUAGGGCCCAGCACACAGCAUUUACUACUUUUAAUUUUGAUGUUUGUUUACGUGUUAAAGUAAACCUAGGGUUUAACCAUAUCUAUCAAAGUGACACUCAGAAUGUUACCUUAUUACUAUUUAGUGGCACCUUGCCAUAUAUAUAUAAAGCCCAAAUUUAUACACACAGGUUUUUUCACUCAUAAAAUUUUGUAUUUUUACUUUUUUCUUUAGGUUGUUUAUGUUUUUGUUUUUUUAUUAUUAUCAGCAUUUUCCCUUUUUGACACAUCAUACAAAAAUCUUUGAUAUUUUAGUUAAAUGCUUUGUAAAAUAAUCUGAUUCCUUCUUAUGAAACACAAAAAUGAAUUUCCUUUCUUUCUGAAUAAACUAAUUCUAAUUCUGUAACUGACCAUUCAAAAGAUGUGUUUUACCAUACUGGAUGUUACUGUUAAAAAAAUCAGUAUUUAGUAUUCAAUCAAAGUAUGUCUAUCCAAUACUUUAAUUAGGAAUAAAUUCUCAUUUUAAAACCUCCCUUUACAAUCUGUAAAUAAUAAUUCUCAAGUGAAGGAUGUCCACCCUGCUAAAGAAAAGUAAUACUGUUGAAACUCUUUAAAAGGUUUUUACCGUUUAACUCCCUCAUAUAAAACUUUUUCAAUUUUUUUUUACACAAUUUAUCCUUUAUUUUUCUAUGUACUAUUAGUGAUACCUGUAGCAAUAAUAAUUCCUGAGUGGAUCUUACUUGUAAGUCCAGCUCUCAUUGCACAACAUGCUGCACUCUCAUUGUGUUGAUUUUUUUUCCAAAUUGUCAGGUCAAAUGAUGUAAUGCAUGAGUAGAUUUAUUGAUCUGUUUAGUGACUAUUUUUAUCUCUUGGGAUUAUUCUUUGAUUAUUAUUGAAAUUAAUUAAUACAUACCGGUAGUUAAAAUUGUUCACUUCUAUUUUUCAAUGGUUUUGUUAACUAUCCAUUUUUAUUACAUUCAGCAGUGUCACUAUAAAAGUAAAUUAUUUUGGACUCUUUUGUACCUACAAUUUUCUUUUUCAUCAGCUCUGCCAAUGCAACACCAGCAUUUGAGGGACGCGGUGGGGAAGGCCUGGCAUCAGAGAUUACAGCAAUGUUGACACGGGCUUACAGCUGCCCAAGUGCUAUUGAUUAUCCUUCUCUGUGUGUCCUUCCUGGUCAGCAGUGCUGGCUUCUCUACAUUGAUGUUCUGGUAGAGAAAUUUAUCAAUAACAGAUAACUUAAUGAAAAAUUACUGGAAAUGUCAUGUUCUUUAAAUACAUGUUCAAAAAUAUACUAUUUCAUUUCGAGGAACGAUUAUUCUUUUUUUAAAUAUCAUGUUUGACUGGAUACAACUAAUUUUACAAAAUAGUUUGUGUUUAAGUUUGUAAAAGAACACACUGAAAGUUAACUAUUUCUCAUGCAAAAGCUAUUAACCAUAUUUGUUGGGAUCUUGACACAUUUUUGUUUUUAAUUUAUUGCUUUAAAAUAAAAGUGUUGGUUAAAUUUACUCAUCCCAAUUAUUGAAUUGAUCGAGAAAAUUAUUUUUCCUACAGUUACUAGAGUGUGGUGGAAAUUUAUUUGAUGCUGUUUCAAUAGCAGUUAAAUCAGCGCUUUUUAACCUAAGGUAUUCAUUUUAACCUAAGGUAUUCAUAUUUAAGUGUAAACAAAUAAAAUUCAUUUCUUAUAAUGAUAUAUUUCAGUUUAAUCAGCCUAAUUAAAAGCUAAAUUUGAAGGUACUAAUUUUUAAAUUAUUACUUUUGAAAUAAGAUUUCACUUACAUUUUUUUAAAAUGUGGACCUUAUUUUAUUUUUGAAGGCUUAGGACUUAUCUCUUCUUCUUCUAAAAGCUUUAUAUCUUUAAACUACAAGGAACCUCCUGAACAUUUGAUCUAUCACACUCUAUAUUUCAAUGCAUCUUUUAUCUGUGAUGCCCAGUUUCAACAGUGAUUUGUUUUUUUUAAGCUACAACAGUGUUGAAGAUCUAAUUCAACUCUUUUCCUAUUAUUAAUGCAUGUUGUUGUUCUCAGAAUUCCCAAUGUGACCAUGACAAAGGAUGAGGGUGGGAUUGAGCUUGACGUGUCAGAUGAUCCUUUUGAUUUUAAAAGGCUUGAUGUUGCUGGUGCCCCCAUCAUUGUUACAGUCAAUAAGGUAUGAAUGAAUAGACCUUUUUUUUAAUGAAUAAUGAAAUGAAUGAACAUUUUUUUGUAUGUAACUUAAUUCCAGAAAUUAAUUUAAAUUCAAACUAACUGGUAUUACAAUUUUUUAAAGGCUACUCUGUUGCACAUGUUUUGCAUGUUGUAACAUAAAUGAGCCUUCAGCGGUAUUUCUCUAUCUCAUAAACAUAUUUAAUUUUUAAACAUUGUCUCUAGACCCUUUCUUCUUUGACUGUUUUUGUUUAAACUGACAUCCACUCCAUUUAACCUUGCAGUGUGAAAGAGAAAAAAAAGACUGAAUCGUUUAUAAAAAUUUAAUUAGGCAUUUCCACCCCUUUAACUUUAACAAAGGAAUUUAGAAUCUGAUCUAAAUAUAGGCGUCAUCACAAAAUGUUCUUUAUAAACUUGUGUACAUUUCUAUCUAUUUCAAUCUACAGAUUGGCCAUUUCCAUGUAGUAGAUGCUAGCGAGAAAGAAGAGGUCUGUAGUUUAGCCAGGUAUGAUAUUUUUUAAUUCUUGGUGAUAUAUUUAAAAAUGUCAUAAGCUCAAUGAGAACUAGAUCUUCAACCAUAGCAAUUAACUUAUGGUUCACUAGAUAAAAAAUAUAGCUUAAAUUUAAUUGUAAAUACAGUCGAACUCGGUUAAGUCGACAGUCUCUGGCUUUGCCAGAAAGCGCCGAGAUAACCGAAAACCAAUAUGGCGGCAAUAUAUUAACAUGUGCUUGAAAUUUUUUUAUGUACACGAUGUGUAUUUAUAAAUGGAAUUUUUUAGUUGUUUUUUUACACAACAGCGUUACCACGAUUUUUUUGAUGAAACCAUCGGCAUGCUAUAAAAAUGUACAUACAUGUUUGCUAAAAACACAAGGCAUAUGUGGGGUGCCACUUUUCCGGAUUAUUCCGGAUUCAUGAGGCUAAAUAUUUUUGAGCUCUUUUAUUUUCUCUCUCUCUGGAUUCGCCAGUUCAGUUUAUUCGAAUAUGGAUUCUGGGUUUUAAAAAAAAAUCAACGUGUAAGAACGCGUGAAAGCCUUUCAAGUAUUAAGUGACAAGCAGGUUCACUAUAAAUAGAGCUGAACUAUGACCCCUCUCUUUUGUAUGCAAGUCUUGCUUCUUGCUGUGUUAAGUUAAUUGCGCGGACAAUGAUAUUGUCAUUUCAUUUCAAUUACUACAGUUUGAAGUAGGCACGUUUCUGUGGUAUAUAAUUUUCAAAAGCCAGCAAUUGAUCAUGGGGAUCGAGAUAACCGAGGUUAAGUGGCAAAUUUGGCCACCUUUUAUGAUCGAGAUAUCAGGGAUCGACGACAUAAAAGAAUCUACAAAACCAAGGAGAAAAUGCUAAGACAAAGAAAGAAUUUGGCGGUUCCACUUCAAAAAUUUCGACAUAACAAGAUUGGCUAGAUAACCGAGAUCGAGAUAAGUGGGUGUGACUGUGUCUUAUUACUGUAUAUUUUCAGAUUAAUGCUCGGGAUCACAGAAAAGGGUACAGUUACUGCUAUGAAGAAAGAAGGCUCUGGAAGUUUAGACACUGACAGCAUUUCAGAAAUGAUAGAGGUGGAAUGUCUAUGAUUAUAAUCUUUGGUUCUCAAUAAUCUUAUUAAUUUAUGCAUAUUAGCAGUACACCUUAUUCAUUUUAAAAGAUUCCAAAUUUGUCUUCCUUUUUUUUACAAAAAUAAAAAAAUAUGAUGACAUAAUUAUGUAAACAUAACAUGUCUUUUAUUUUAACUUUAACACCACCCAAGUUGUGUUUUUUUAACUCCAUGCAAAAUUUUAAUUUGGUAACGUAUCAGAAUGGUGUUUUUGUGGGCAUACAAGUUUUCUCCUCUUAAUUAACAGAGUAAUAUUAUAAAUUUUAUUUCAGAGUGCUAAAAAAGUUGGAGUUGAGCUAAACAAAUGUUUGUUGAAUAUUCUCAUGACAGAGGAAGGGCAAGAGGUCAAGCCAGUUGGAUUUUUGAGAUAGUAAAAUGUUAGUAGGGUGUGGGUUUGGGGAAAAUCUGUACAAAAAA